AUGACAUCCAAUCUUCUGGCCUCGGCGACCUCGGCGCUCCCCAACGAACUCGCUCUUGUCGUAAUCGAUCAUCUCCAAGGCAACAACAAGGCCUUAUGUGCUCUCGCUCGGACAUGUCGCGAUAUGCAAGACCUCGCAGAAGAGCGACUCUACAAGCGAAUCGAGCUUCUAUCCGUAAAGAACCUCCACGCUAUCAUCGAAGCCUUCACAUCGCGUCCUGAACGCGUCCGCGCCGUACAAACCCUCAAGAUCUUGUAUUCAUACAAAGACGACAGUUUAAAAGACAGCGCCGAGAUAAGGACGACUUUCAACGAGUGCGUGGCUCGUAUGGUCAACCUGAGGGAAUGGCAUAUUGAGAGCCCGUACGAUAACUUCCAUUGGGAGAACGAUGGUGGACAGGCUUGGGUCAACGGCGAUAUGCAACGCUUCCGCCGUGCGCUCGACACAGCUUGCGUGGAGGGCCCGAUAGAGACGGACAAGAUCGCGGCUGAGCGGCGCUUGGGAAAGAAUCUCGAGCGGACAGUUGGGCUGGGUCUUCUCGAGAACGUGACCAUCCACUCGCACGGUACUGCUACCGACUUCUGGAACCUUGAGGGAUUCCAUUGUCUCUUCCGACACCCCGCACUCAAACACCUUCACAUCUCCUGUGUGGCCUUCCCAGACUCUGGAAUCCCAGAGCUCGCAGCACAUACGAAGAAGACUCCUCUGAUCUCGCUUGUUUUUGACGAGUGCGAACUGCGGCCCAAAAGUCUGCUCAGCAUCCUUCGCACUCCGGCGCGUUUGAAGUCGUUGACUCUGGGCGAGAACGUCUUCAACAUCAACCGGUCAAGGCGGGCUAAGCCGUUAUUGAACAAAGACGCGGGCGGAUCACUGGAGGCUCUCUCCGCAGUCGCGCACUCGCUGGAAAGCCUUACACAUCUAAAUCCUGGCUGGCGGCUUGACAAAAGCCCGCAGGUGCUCCGCAGCAUACGCCCACCUGGUGAUGGUAUGCGCGAUUUCCACCUUCUGAAGUACCUUGAAUGCGACACGAAUUCGUUCCUACAUCAGGCUAUCAUCAUGAACCGUGAUCUAGCGCCCCCUAGCCUGGAAACACUUCGUAUCCGUCGGCAUUGGGAUGUUCCGGUCGACUUCUGGGAUCAGCCGCCUGACUUUGAUCACUACGCCGCUUUGCCAUCUCUGGAUACCCUCGAAUUAUUGCAAUCAUCAUACAUGUGGUAA